GAUACGAUUAAGAGAAAUCAUCUUUUGCAAGAAAUGGUCAUUGUGGAAGUUGACCUGUUGUGGUUCAAGGUAGAUGAUGAACCUCGUAGGAAUACAGUGUGGACAAAGGCACAAGUUGAAACGCAACAUUGUUUGUUUCAGCACAGCUAAAGCUUAUGUGGUAAUUAGUUUGAAAGUCCCUUGAUGACUCCGUGUCCAAAGGUAUUAAAUUGUGCAGGUAUUUCUAGAGUUUUGCUGAAAAAAGGACACUUGCCUGUUGGGAGACCUGGAUGUGAUCACCACCCCUUAUGUGUUAAAUGUGCAGUCGCUCACAGCUCCUGCAUCAAACAGUUUCCUCCAUCGGUGCAACUCAUCAACAGGGCAGAACUGUGGCACUGAUACCGGUUUGCUUUACCGUACCUACCAUACCAUAGCUGCUGUUGGACAGUAGGCAGCAACCCUUAAUGCAGGACAUUCGCAGUUGACUUUGCGCACGGCUUUGGGGAUGUUUACACACGGAGAUCCUGCCGGCCUUUCAUUUGACUAUAUUCCAUUUAUGUUUCCUCAUAAUAUCCCGGUAUUCAAAUGAGUUUGGCAUGGAAACGAGGUGCAGCAGGCAAAGGAGACUCCAAGCUUUGACUCCCGUGUCAGAAAGCGGUAGGACGUUGACAGUCGUACUCUACUCUACUCUACUUACCGGCUCUCUGGAAAACAGCGUCCUUCACGGAACGUGGACGCAUCCCCACGCAGGUUCUCAACGGAACAUGUCGUCUGCCGACCGACAUAGCGCUUGAAGUCCCCAUCGCCCCGACGGAGCAGUACCGGCAUGGAGCAGGAGCAGGAGCUGGAACUGGGCUCUCUCCCCGCGCCGCACGACGGGGCCCCGGACCUGGAGUGCGCGGUGUGCUUCAGCCACUUCAACAAUGUCUUCCGCACACCUAAGAUGCUGCGCUGCAAGCACACGUUCUGCCUGGAGUGCCUCGCGCGCAUGAACAUCAAGUCGGCCCAGCCCAACUCCGUCCGGUGCCCCCUGUGCCGCAGCCUGACGCCGCUCCCCGCCACGGGACUCCCGAAGCUGGACAAUAACCCCACCAUUCUGGCCUAUUUUCCGGAAGCUAUGCAGCGCGUGUGCAGCGUGCGCUUCAUCCGGAGCAAAGGCAGGCUGCAGCUGAAGCGGCCCAAGGAGGCGCCAACGCUGUCCCACUGUACCGUGAGCCACACCCUGGACAUCGGGCUUCCCGGUCCCCCCGACUCCUCUGACGGCACACAGCGGCUCUCUUGCAAGCCUGUGUGCCGUGCUGUGGCCAUGGUGCUUGUCCUGCUGCUGCUUGUGGUGUUUGUUGGCAUGGUUGUCUACAUCAGGAACAGAACUUUCUAACAAAGGUUUAUGCUGUAAAAGACAAACAUGAUGAUGAGCCCAAUUUCCUUUGCUGUGUCCCAGUGCGGUGCGAUUGUUCGUGGCGCUGUUCCGCUCCUCGACUUGAGCGCCGCGCUGCGUUGUGCUGCCGAGCCGUUGUACACAUGGGGAAUAGGUAGUAAAAGGCAUGGAAGGAAACGUUAAAAUACUCUAUUUAGUGGCUGUGUUUGCUUUGACGCAUCAGUGGAACUGCUCCCAGGUAUCUACAGGACUCGAUCAUUCGCUACACCCCAU